AUGCCACUUGGACCGGCCUUCCUUCGCACGGAGCUCAUGCCCAACUGGGCCCGGUGGGCACGGCGGCCCCUGGGAAUGGCACUGCUGGGGCUUUGCAGUUUCAGCCAGAAGCCUUUCCUCUCCGCUGCCGCUGGCGCUGGUGCUUCUCUUCCGUUGGAGGAGCUCUGCCGUUUGCACCUGCGCUUCGGCGGCGAUGCUUCAGUUUGGGAGAACAAUCCCAUGCCACAGCGGGCGUCAAGUGGAGGGACCAUUUCAGCAUUGAGUGUCCAGAUCCCUGCCCUGGAACGAUUGCAACCGUUCCUCAGGCGUCCGAAGGCGCAGAUCUUCGACUUGGGCUUUGGCAGCGGUGUCAUGGCCGCCAUGUGCCUUGCGGCCAGCGAGGCCGGUGCCACCGUAGUCGGUGUGGACCUGGCAGAUAAGGUGUCGGUGGCCACACGGAACAUGCUUUUGAAGGAUGGCCCAUUUACGCCCUUCAAUGAAGAGCAGUUUUCUUUCCUGGGCGGCGAUGCCUUUGAGUAUCUCAAGAGGUGGAAGGCCGAAGGGAAGACCUUCGACGUCGUCUACGCUGGGUGCUCCUUCGACCCCAACACUGAGCAACUGAAGCUCUUUUUGGGACAGAUGAAGCCUGAUGGUGCGGCAGUCUUCAACUUGGGCAACCUAGGAAUGCAAGGAAUGUACUUUGUCGCAGACAAGGGAAAGACCUGUGAGCUUUUAAUGCGAGUGAACUUCAUGAUGGCCGAAAGUCCUUUGACACCACGAGGAAAAGAAUCGAUUCCUUUGGAUCCUUUGAGGCUGGGCCAAUGGAUCAGAGAAAACGUUUUUGCCGACAAAGAGCUGUGA